AAUUUUCUAUUUUACGAUCUAUGACAAACAUUGAUAAAUGUUGAAUGUUUCGAUACUGUGCUGAUAAUAUUAGUUAAAAGCUAUUAAAUUUGUUUAAUAACGCAUUUAUAAACAUGAAUGAAACAUUCUGAAACUUUUCGACGUAAACGCUUGAACAUAACCUCAUAUAACCUUUCGACAAAUUUCGAACUGUUAUGUCACUAAAGUGUUAUGCUUACAAAAAUAUUUGUGUAACAACAACACGUUCUCUAACGUGAUUAAUUUAUUUCAAAGUGUGCAUGCAAUAGUCAACGAGUCUUUACGAUGUCUGUACUAAUCAAAUUAUCGAAAUUGCCAAAAAAUUUCAAAUCUUUCGAUAAUGUUUUUCAAAUGUGCCCAAGACGAAAUGAAAGUUUUUCGUCGGCUACUCGGCAGUCCUCGACAACAAAAACAAUAUUUAAGACAAGUUUAUUGGGAAUUUCUGUCGGAGUCCUUGUUACAGCAGGUUACUCGUGGUAUUCGGAUAUACAGAAAUCGAAAACUUAUCAUCUCGAUGGAAAGGAAUAUAAAAUCAAAGUGCUAAAAGAAAAACCAUCGGUACCAGUUUCAAGACAGAUAAUUUCACCAACCGAUUCGAGUGGAUUAAAGCUGACCCUUUUUCAAUAUCAAACAUGCCCCUUCUGUUGUAAGGUCAGAGUUUUCUUGGAUUACUAUGGUCUAUCUUACGAUGUUGUGGAAGUAGAUCCGGUAUUACGUAAAGAGAUAUCAUGGUCAUCUUACAAAAAAGUACCAAUACUUUUAACACAAGUAGAAUCUGGCUAUCAACCUCUAAACGAUAGUUCAAUGAUCAUAUCGUUAAUAGCAUCGCAUUUGAAAGACAAAUCGCAAAAAGUUAACGAGUUAGUAGAAUAUUAUCCGUAUAUAGCGAUGCACGAUGAAAAGAGCAAAUUAAAACAUGAAAUUAUGAACAAAUAUUUUUUAAUGUAUAAAGACACGUUGCCAGAAAAUAAGAACCUGGAUGACAUCAUAAACGAACGUAAAUGGAGAAAGUGGGCGGACGAUGAACUUGUCCAUACACUCUCGCCGAAUGUAUACAGAACACUCGACGAAGCUUAUAAUACUUUCAACUGGUUUUCAGAAGUUGGCAGAUGGGAAGAAUAUUUUCCGACAUGGGAACGAUUAAUAAUGAUAAAUGUGGGCGCUAUAGCUAUGUGGAUGAUAUCGAAACGUCUAAAACGGAGACACGAUCUAAAAGAUGAUGUGCGCCAAUCGCUCUACGACGAAGUUAACAAAUGGUUACGUGCCAUUAAGAAACGCGGUGGUAAAUUUAUGGGAGGCGAGAAGCCCAAUUUAUCAGAUCUUGCUGUUUAUGGAAUUCUGAAAAGUAUAGAAGGCUGUAAUGCCUUUAAAGAUGUUUUAAGUAACACAAAGCUCGAAACAUGGUAUAAUGCUAUGAUGAAAGAAGUGGAUGCACAUUCUGGAAGCAAAUACCUGGCUAAUUGAACAAUGUAAAUAUCAAUUAAUUUCUUUGAAAUCAGUUAGUAUUACUUAACUUAUCUUCAUUGAGAUUAUUACGUUUAAAUGAAUUGAAUCUGCAAUUAUCGAAUGUUAUUUUUAACUUUUUAAACCGAAGUUUAAAGAAAAAAAUAAUUUAUUAUACUUCUGUAAAAAACUAGAUAUACAGCUGCAUUUCACAUUUUACAUUUAUAUAGUACGUAGUAUUCGUGAAUAUAAGUCAAACAAGAAUAAAAGGAAUAUAAAAAAUUAUGUUUGUGUUUUGAAUAUUAUCGAGGGUAAUGCGAAAAAGAUUAUAAAAAUCUUACGAUUUGCACUAAUAUAAUGUAAAUAUUGUUAAAUAAUAAGGAUAAAAAAAACUGGGUAAUUCAAAGCAGAGCGCAACAAUCUUUUGAGAAGUGGUAAAUGAUCAUUUUUACUUGGAAUUUC